ACCGAUCUCACGAGUAGAGGUACCAAGUUGGCAACAAUCAGAGCAUGUAUCAAGGAAACCAGUCUUCUUUUGAACACAACAAGGCAUAUAGAAGAUGUCAGCCCAACAAGAGAGGGCAGAGACAAAGAACUGAUGCAUAUAACCAAAAAGACAACAAAGGGUUGGGUUAUGCUGAGAUACCUCCGCCCUCAGGCACCAUAAAUAUGAUUUUUGGCGGAAUGCAUUUAGGUGGUAAGAGUGCCUGUGGUCGCAAGGCUUAUACUUGUCAAGUAAUGACCAUGAAUAAGAAUAGACCCCUAAAACAGCCGUUUGAGGAAGUUGAAUGGGAAAAUGCAUUGAUCAUGUUGAGCCCUACAGAUUACAAAAGAUCGGAAGGAAAACCUGACAUUGUUAUGCCUUAUGCUGAUCCUUUUGUGGCUAUUGUCCACAUAGGUAACCACAACGUCAACAAGAUCUUCAUUGAUAUGGGCAGUUCUUUAGAUAUCAUAUAUUGGAGAUGCUUCCAAAAGAUGCAAUUGAACUCGGCUUCCCUCAAGAAAUAUGAAGGACCUAUAUACGGGUUUGAUAAUCAACUCGUCCCUGUUGAAGGAAUAGUCACACUCCCCAUCCAUAUGGGUACUGAGCCUCGGUUUAGGCUGGCAUCAAUGAGCUUCUUGGUGGUCAAAUGGAAUCGGCUUUCAAUGCCAUAAUUGGGAGGGCCACGUUUUGCGAGUUAAAGGCUAUCAUUUCACAGCCACAUCUAUGCAUGAAGUUCCUGACUCCCCAUGGGAUAAGAGUGCUUAAGG